GUGUAGGACUAACUGACCAAAUUAUGUUGAACAUACGAUGACAGAAUGACAUUCAGACAGGUCAUAGAUAUUAUUAUCUAAAAGAAACAAAAACGAGUUGAUUCACAACAAAUUUUGAGUUCUGCGGAAGUCUUGUCGUCUACUCAGGAAAGACUCGUCAUGGCCAUCUUUCCUACAUUACUUUUAUUAGAGUAGCACAAUUUUUUCCCCUUAAUUCAGUGGGGCAGGAUCCAAACUCGGUAGAUUGAUAUUGAAGAUGGAAGGAGCAGCGACGCGCACUGUGAUAACGUCUACCAGCAGCAGCACGGAUAACUUUUCCACCUCUACUCUGGCUUGUGAUAGGCACUUUUUUCGCACUGCUUCGGGGCUCCUCGUUUUCGCAGAAAUAGUGUUUGGUCUGCUGGUAUGGAUGCUGAUAGCAGGGACGGAGUACUUCCGUGUGUCUGCCUUUGGGUGGGUCAUGUUUGUGGCCAUCUUGUACUGGGUCCUGACGGUCAUCUUCCUCAUCAUCUACCUGACCAUGGCUUACAACAGGAUCCCUCAGGUCCCCUGGACAACUGUGGGCCUGUUCUUCAACAGUAGUGCUACAGUGAUGUAUGUGGUGGCAGCAGCAGUGGAUGCAGCUUCAAUCAGCCAUGCUGUUAAGGGGCGCCAUAACUACAACUGCUGGGUCGCAUCCACAUUCUUUUCCUUCCUGGUCACUCUCUGCUAUGCAGGAAGUACAUAUUUAAGUUUUAAAUCGUGGAGAUCAAGGGAUGAGGAACAAUAACCAAUCAUAAAGGACAGCUAAAGUAUAUCCGUUAUGGAACACAUGAAGGAUGCAACAACCACAUGAAGGAUGCAACAACCACUUUGGAAUGCAUUUCUCUAUUAUUUUAUUUCUGUUAUUUUGGAGUUACGGUGUGUUUCAUCUGUUGGAAUGACAGAGUCUUAACCUCAGUGGUGUUUUUACUUCUUAUGCACUCAUGAGUUUUUUUAAAAUUACAUUUGGAUGAAAAUGACUGAAGCUAAUAAAGUGGCUAUUCUAUUUUUUCUGAAGCUGGAGGUCUAAGCUUUAACUCCAAUAUUAAAAUGGAUUAGACAGUAAUGUUGUCCCACACUAGAUGGUGCUACAAUACAAGGCUAAGAAACAGGGCUUAUGAAGACCAUUACAGUCAAUUCUCUUUUUGAUUAUGAUUAUGUGACCAGUUUCAGGAAACUAGGCGUACUUCACAGGAGUACCGUUUCAAUUAGACAUUUUCUUUUCAAAAAGCGUUUUUGGCGGAAAUGCCUAUUCGAACAUGUGAACUUUCAUGCCAUCUGUAAAUACGAAUAAAAAUGUUAAAUUACAA